CUAAACGUGAUGCAUAUUCGUGAAAAAAUACGCAUCUCUAGAGUUCAUUUGACUUGCUCGUUAUGUAUUGAAAUAAGCGAAGUCGGAGACAGUUGCACUUCUUGACUUUUGUUCUGUAUUUUAAGGUUAGUGUUUGACACGUUUGACAUGUCUUAUUGGUUUUUUGGAAUGCUAAGUGAUUGAUAUUCCCGCCUUUUCGCAAAGCCCUUUUUUCCGUAUUUCCUCAAAAACAAUGCCAGUUUCUGAGUACAAUGGUAGUAAGUCGAGUGCAUCUACAAUUAAGUUAAUAAAUUUACGCCGUAAAAGUUUGCCGGCAGAUGAAGUAAUAGACGGAAGACACGAUGACGAAAAGUUCAAUGACUUCCUCGUCAACGGACAUUCUACUCCUAAACUCUCUGAUAAGUCCAUUGAUGCAACAUCCACUGAUAGGAGAGAGUCCCUGCAACCAACCUUGAGAAAAUCCAGGCUAAAUGGGAAAGAUGUCCAUAUACGCAGACGCAGGCUGUCUCAUCAGCCAUUUACAGAUCUCGCUAACCAUAGAUCUAAGGAUUUGACACCUAAAAAGCAGUCAAAAAAUGGAUUAGUUAAAAUUGUAUAUGACUUCAUUCGGAAUCAUAAAAGAUCUAUCUCCAGUGAUCCAAGUGUAGGCCGCAUUGAUUCAGUUGAGUUUUCUGAAAAUAUAACACCUAAGAAAGUCAAGGACAACAAGACUAACAAUGGUGCAAAUAUUGAAUCUUCACAAAAUGAUGUGGAUGUAGCUUUUCUUUCCCUUAAGUCUAAAUUACAGGAAUCAGAAGUAUCUACUUCUGGAAAUACGAAUGGAGUUCACAAAAACAUUAACUUGAAUUCUAAAUCAUCUAAGGAAUCAAAUGAACCAAUUGCUAGGAAAACAAGAAGCAAUGGAACGUUAAAUGGAAGUUUGCCCAGUUUUACAUUGCCUCAAAAUACCUCGCAAGAAAUCAUUCAAGAGGAAACAAACGAGAAAACUGUUACAAAAACUAAAAGCAAUGGAGUAAUUGAUGGUGUCGUAUCAAACCUUAAGUCUCGAUCUAAUUCACCAGAGACACCAGAAAAAUCUACGGUAUUAAAACCCAGGAAAACUAAGAAUAAUGGCAUGGCAAAUGGGACCCUUAAUGGGCUCAGUUCAUCUCUAUCUGCCUUGGAAAUACAGCGCCAGACAUCCGUAUCAGAGGAGCCUGAAAAAAUCGCGCUUAGAAGAAGUAGACGUAGUUCUGUAAUAGAAAAAAAUUCGACAAUUUUGAAAAGACAACCUCGAAAACGGUUGCAUGAGGACAAUAAUGAACCUACACCCAAAAGAGCAAGAAAAAAUGGAACGGUCAAUGGGAUUGUUACAAAAGAUCAGUCAUGCAACAGUACGCUCGUGUCUUCUAGCAUUGAGGUGACUGCAGACUCCAAACUUAAAACAAACAAUGGACAAGUUAAUAGUGAUCUUGCUAAUAUUAUAACAUCCGAGUCCAAUUUGCAAGAACCCCAUGUUGAUAAUUUAAACGAGGUAUACAUUAGUGCCGAAAACACAUCUCAAGCAGAGCUAUCCGAGACUGUUGAAGAAUCGUUAAAGAAAAUAGUUGUACGAAACGUUGUCGUAAAUCUAGAGCGGUUGACAAUCGAUAACGGCGUGAUAAUAUCUCCAGAAUCUGUGAAAGGAAUACGGAUUUAUAGGGAGCAAGCAUUGAAAGAAAAAUAUGAUCAGCUGAGCAAUUUCAAACAAUUUCGCAAGCCUAAGAGCGGAAAAGAUACAUACUCGAGAGAAUAUGUCGUUGAGAAAAUUUUAAACGUAGAAUAUGACAUUGACACGAAGACGCUGAUGUUUUUUGUAAAAUGGGAAGGGUACUCGACGAAACACUGCACCUGGGAACCGAUAGGGCACCUGCAACACUGCACGAAACUAGUGGCAGAGUUUUUAUCGGAGCGCCUCGCGCCCGAAGUGUUGGACUCUCUCUGCGAGAAAAUGGACAUGCCCAAUCGGCUAUCCGAUCAGAGUCUGUUAGAUGAGCUUAAAGUGUCCGAUUUGACGAAUUUACCGGAUAAAGUUCACUUGCAGGAAAAGUUGAUGUGUUUAAAGGCCGUCCCGCUCAAAGCGUGGCAUGUACGGAAGAUUAAGGAAGGAAAAAAGGCUAUGAUGAUGUAUCAACUACUUUUAAGACGAGAAAAUCAGUUGACGAAGUUAAAGGAGUGGGAGGACUCGAUCAAUCAGAUGACAAAGGAGGAGGCACAAAUCACAAUAGAAAACACUGUUGACUUGGAUUGUCCUCCAGAAGGUUUUACAUAUAUACACGAGAGUAUUGCUACAAAUGGUAUAGUGAUACCGUCAGAGCCCGAGACGUGGUGCGCGUGCAAAGAGUGCGCCCCCAGGAAAGACUGUUGCGGGAAACAGCCCCACAACGGCUACACGUACAGGAUGGGCAACAAAAUCAACGUGAACCCCGGCAAUGCGGUAUACGAGUGCAACAAGAAAUGCAAGUGUUCCGAGGACUGCAGGAAUCGAGUGGUGCAACAGGGCAGGAAGGUCCCCCUGUGCAUCUUCCGAACGUCGAACGGUUGCGGUUGGGGCGUGAAGGCGAUGCGGAAAAUCUACUGCGGCGAAUUCGUGUGCGAAUACGUCGGCGAGAUCAUCACGCACGAAGAGGCGGAGGUACGAGGAAGGGCGUACGAUCAAGAGGGUAGGACGUACCUGUUCGAUUUGGACUAUAACUCCAAGGACAAUCCGUACACGGUGGACGCAGCGAAGUUUGGCAAUAUCUCGCAUUUCAUCAAUCAUUCGUGCGACCCGAAUUUGGGAGUGUACGCGGUUUGGAUCGAUUGCUCCGAUCCAAAUUUGCCCAGGUUGGCCCUUUUCGCGUUGAGGGAAAUCCAAAAGGACGAAGAAAUCACUUUCGAUUACAUGAUGAACAUAGACCCGGAAGUGCCUACUACUCCAGAGAAACCGAGAUUUCUGAAAACGCCGGACAAGAAUCAGGUCAUUCAAAACGGGAGAAAUAUCUGCAAGUGUGAAGCAGAUGCAUGCAGAAGAUACUUAUUUUAAGUAAACCAGUAAAGUGGCCUUAGUGUAUGCAAUAGCGUUUUAAAAAAUGAAAUUUUUAAGUAAAAGCUAAUGCUGAAACUUUCUUUAGGAAUUUUAGAUGUUUUUAAAGUCGAAAAUAGUUGCGAGAAACGUGCUUGUCUUGUUACAUUUUUGGGAAUUUUUGGAGGAACUUUUUCGACCUCUUUUACCUGAUAAGCUUUAUUGUCCUUGACACUACGGUUAUGGUGGUUAGUAUAAUAGCAAUAUGUUGUUCAAAGUUAAAAUAAUUAAAUACACAUUCAAAAAUGUAUCUGUAAGUUAUGCUAGUUAAAUAUAUUUCAGGUAAAUUUGUACUUAUACAAAUCCUGACACACCAAUUUCAGUAACACAGAAUUGUGUCCUAUAUUAAAUUAAACUCAAUAAGCUUUGAGUAUCCUACACAUAUUGAACGUUGAUUUUAUUGAGUGGUAUUGUAGAUUUAUAAAUAAAAUAUAUGAAACGAUGA